CUCGCUCGCGUAAAAGAUAUUGGCUAUUGUAUAAAAAGUUAAUAGCGCUAAGAUUGGGUAUUGCGGUACUUUGUGACUCUAACGAUCUGUAACUCUAUUUAUGAGUACUUUCAUGCAUGAAGCUAGUCACAAAGUGAUAUUUAUUUCUUAAAAAUCUAAAUCAUACUACGAAGAGUGUAUUCGCAUGGUCCGAUACUUAUAAGUGAUCCGGAUAUUCAAAUCCCUGCCUUAAAUAAAGUAAUCAAAAAUCUUGAUAUGAGUUCAAAUAUUUCAUUUGGCACGACCAACAGUUCUAACUCCCAAUGCAUUUACUUCGAAAACAUCCAGUUUUUUUCUCCAAAGGUCAGUAUGUCGUCAUGGAAUAAAACCGAAGUGAACAAAUAUUUUCAUGUUAUUGAAAAUUACUCGGCAGACUAUUUUACUGUCGUUAAUUUAUUAAUCCCACCCCACAGAAAUGGAAUGCUGUGCAUUAAAGAUUCAAAUACGAACAAACAACUAAUUUGUUUCCCACUUAAUGAGGUCAAAAACUUAUCGAAGGGAUCCGACCCUGCUACAGCAAAUUACAUUUUAUUGACUCAUAGUACUUCAUCAUCAAGCAACGAAGCGAUAGAUCCUUCUUCAGAAGAGCCGCUAAACAUAUAUCUGACACAUAUAUUACGUUGUCCGACAUAUCACUGGACAUUGAGGAUAAUUGAUGUCAUCCGUAGAAUUAUUACUGAAGAAAGCGAAUCUAGUACUAUUAGAUCAAGUGUAUGGGAGCCACAAAGUAUUACUUUGCGUUUACAUUUGGAUAUAAGAGAAGAUGACGGAUCAGGUAAUAAUUUUACUCCUGUACCAAAAGAAAAAUCAGAAUUAUUUAAAAUGCGAAAGAGUACAGCUAAAAGACUAUUUGUUGGUGUUAAUCAAUUAGAUGGCCAUGUUUACUUACCAAUAAAUGGGAUUCUAGAUGUAUGCCUGGGUUAUGGUCGUUAUUUAUCGGAAAAUGAACUAACCUAUUUGGGAGGCGAAGAAAAUAUGACGCAAGGAGAAGCAUCGUCUAAUAUUUUAAGCGGAACUACAUUUUCUACUUGGACUGAUUGGCCAUCAAAUCAUAACCAGUUUGCUAUGUUUGAUGUCAUUGGAAGUCGUGAUGAGUGUAUAUUCUUCACGAUAGUUGUACAUCUACUUAUUAAUAAACUUAAAGAACCGUUAACUCUGCGACGAAUCUGUCGAGCACGUGUUUAUAAGACGGAUGAAACAUUUUGGCUCAGUUUAGAUAGAAAGCCUGUUGUAGAAGACUAUACUAUUCAAUUAACUGAGAGUAUAGAUGAAAACGGAAAUUUACACGCUGGUAAAAUAAUAAAGAUUUCCAAUGUUUCUGCAUUUCAUCCAGAACAUAACCAACCAAUUAUUUCAUCAGUUGUUGAUCAAGCUGAAGAUAGUGACAAUGAACCGUUGAUGAGCGGUAAUGGAAUUGUAUCGAGAGAGGUUACAGAUGACCAGCUACUUCUUGAAUGGGGUCAUUUAGUUACUGAAUGGCAUAAUAAAGUCAAACAUGACCAAACUAAUGGUCUCGGUUUAUCUACAAGUUCUUUGAGAAUAGAAUUAUUACAUAGUGGUUGUUCUGGUCCACAUAUUUCUCAUUUAGGUUCUGCAUUUUGUCAACGAAUUAAAAAACUAGUUAGUCGUGGUAUUCCAGAUGCUUUAAGAGCUGAAGUUUGGCAAUUAUUAUCCGGAUGUCCUGCUGACGAAAGUGGAUUAAUGGAUGCUUAUCGAAUUCUCAUUACCAAACCUUGUAAACAUGAUGAAGUUAUACGUCGUGAUUUAGCACGUACAUUUCCAGCUCAUAGUUUCUUUCGUGAUAAAAUUGGACAGGAAAGUCUUUUUCUUGUUAGUCGUGCUUACGCUCUAUACGAUGAAGAAGUUGGUUAUUGUCAGGGGUUGACAUUUUUCGCCGCUGUGUUAUUACUUCAUAUGCCAGUAGAACAAGCAUUCACAUUAUUAGUACAAGUGAAUAAUAAUUAUGGAGUUAGAGAAUUUUUCCUAAAUGACUUUGAUGGAUUACACCUGCGAUUGUAUCAAUUGGAUCGUAUAAUUCAGGAUCAAUUGCCAGAUGUUGCAAAACAUUUUAAUGAUCUUGGCUUAGAAACUCACAUGUUCGCUAGUCAAUGGUUUUUAACAUUGUUCACAGCGAAAUUUCCAUUAAAUGUUGUCUUUCAUAUUGUUGAUCUAUUUCUAACUGAAGGUUUAAUAUUCAUAUUCAAAGUAUCUUUAGCACUUUUACAACUGGCUAGACGUGAUUUACUCGGUUUGGACUUUGAAGGUGUUCUGAAGUAUUUACGCGUUACAAUGCCAAAAAAAUAUUUAGCCCAUGAUGCUAAUCAAGAACUCCUUAGUGUUGCAUUGUCGGCUAAAGUUACUUCUCCAAAAUUAAAAAAAUAUGCCAAAGAAUGGAUAACAAAGAGAGCUCAAGAAAAAAUGAUUGAAUCACCUCUACAUGUUAUGGAAUGUCAAUUGGCAUCAUUACGACGAGAAGUUGCUCGAUUAGAACAUGAAAAUGAAUCUCUAGCUACUGGUCUUUUAUCAAGUAAAACAUCAAUGCAUAAACAAGUUGAUCGGUUAGAAGAUGAAGCUGAAAUAUUAACUCGAGAAUUAUUCGCUUCCAGACAAGAUUUUCAUGAUGCUUUAGAAGAAAAAGCUCAUUUAGAAAAUGAAGUACUACAAGUGAAAAAAAUGUUUCGUUGUGCACUUGAAGAAAAUUCCCUUGAAUUAGAAAGGCAUCGAAAUAUUUUUACUUGUUAUCAAACAAUUAUCAAAGAAUUAAAUAAUUAUUUAGUGAAAAAUCAUGAAAACUAUCCAAUCGAUUCCUCAACUGUUGACCCCUAUAAACGUGACCCAUUAUUUUUGGAUUUAACUUUUGAUCUAAUAAAACAAGCAUUCCUUUGUAAAGAAUGCUCACCUAUUGUCAAUAAUUAUAUUCAAAAAAUAAAUAGUAUAAAUUUCACAGAAGAUAUAAAUACUCCUGUACCGAUUAAAGACGAAGAAAUUGAUAUUGCAACCAAUAAUAACAAUGCAGAUAAUCAAAAUAAUGAUCAUUUCAAUAAUAAAUCGGACACAAUCAUUAACGGUAAUCUUACAAAAAGACAAGCAAUCAUAUCUAUUCUUGAUAAGUUCAAAUUAUUGAAUACAACUAACAAUUGUCAUUCGCCAUCAUUGAAAGUGGUGCCAGAAUUAAAUGGAAAUAAAUCAAUGGAGGAAUCCAUCACCGGUAAUACAACGAAUGAAAAGAAUUGUGAGAUUUCAUCACACUAACUAACACUUAUCUACUUGAGAUUCUGUAAAUAUAUACAUAUAUUUAUAUCUAUCUAUCUAUCACUUUACAUGUAUUUAUCCUAUCGCUUUGCAUAUUUAUAAAUUAGAAAUAAUUUCAAUGAACAAUAUGUUCGUGAUUAUGUUAUCUGAAUUUAUUCACUAAUCUAUUGUCACAAUUAUUAUCAAUAUUUUUUAUUGUCGUUCUGAUCAAUCUAAUCUUCUCUAAUUUAUCUUUUUUCGUUGUUAUUAAGAAAAUAGAGG